AUGACCAACGUCGUCUCUCACGGUCGUGGAGGUGCCGCCAACAUUGGCCCCGAUGAUCAGACCUACGUCGAUGGAGGGAUAGUGCGUGAGGGCCCUGUUGGUGACCAGGGCGACGGACCGUACUCAGCAGGUCGCGGUGGUGUCGGAAACAUCGAGCAUGAUACGAAGCCAGUGGCGGGCCCGCCGCACGAUGCAGAUGUGAUUCCCGAAACUGCCACCCGCGUUGCGAAACUAGAAUCUCAUCACGUCGGACGAGGCGGCGCAGGAAAUGAAGAGCAUGUGCACGAGAAGAAGCACGAAAGCUUUAUUGACAAGAUCAAAGCGUUCUUUGGCUCUUCAUCGGUCAAGAACGACCCGGACUUUGGCGAAACAUAUCAUUCAACCGAGAGCUACGGAGAGGAGAGCAUCGAGGGCAGCGAAAGUCCCGAAACCGAGCACCGCCAGGUGUCGCGCCAGGUAAUUGGGCGCAAGCGGCGGUCAAGCGAAAUGGAGACGGAAAUGGAGGACGAUUCAAGCGCAGUGGCAGAUUCUCCUCAAAAUCACGAGACAAAUCAGAUACCCGGAGUUGCGAGGACGAUCGAAAGCGAGGGCGUCACAUUCAAGGUAAAAGCCGGAGUAACCAGGUCGCAGUUGAGCAACACGAGGGACAAAGACAUCAUCUACUUGACGGAUUGCCCUCUAGAACGGACUGACCUCACCGUUGGCUAUACCGUGGAACCAGGCAGUAAGUGGGAGUCUGCAAAGAGGUAUCACACUGCUCAGUGUCAAUAUGUCUACAUCAAUAACAAGGAGAUUGUACCCGCUCCACUGCAUGCGGACGCAACAGAAGACGAAAAAUUAGCAUAUGACAAGAAGAAUUGCUGGGUUGGGCUGCUAGCUGAAUUCAAAGCCGUGGAUGGAGAGGAGGUAUUCGCCCGGGUGUACUGGCUCUAUUGGCCGGAUGAAUUGCCUAUGGGUCGACAACCAUACCACGGUAGAAGAGAACUGGUGUUCAGCAAUCACGUUGAAAUCAUCGAAGCGCAGAGCCUGGUUUCACUCGCGGAUGUCAGUCAUUGGGAUGAGACGGAUGACUCAAAUAAAAAUAUGCUUGGGGAGAGAUACUGGCGCCAAAUACUUGACGUCACUAAAUUGGGGACGCAGCCCCAUCGUUCCCUCCGUUCCCUCAGUCAGCUCCGGAAGUUCUGCAUCUGCAAAGGCUACGACAACCCCGAGCAGGAAAUGUUCCAAUGCCCAGAUAAUGACUGCGGCACUUGGAACCACGAAGCUUGUCUGAUCGACAACAUGGAGCGGAGGGCAUGGGAGCGGUUCAAGAAGGGGACCCUGACCCAUGAAGUGCCAGAGACGGAACAAAAUGAAACUUCGUCGCACAUACCGUUGAACCCAACCAAACAUGUGGCCACUCCCAAGUCGAAAAAGACUACAGCGUCCCGUAACAAGAAGAAACCAUGGGCAGGCAAAUUGGAGGGUAAGAUAUCCCGUGGCCGGAAGGUCGCAGAUGACAACUACAUCCACAUUGCAACCAUCCGGCAGUUGGUGCCUCAAAGCAAGCACGAGAAGGAUGAUUCCUUUAAACCGGUCACGUGGAACAUGGAGUUCAAUUGCCUGAAAUGCCACCGGGCAUUGAAUUCAUUGGAGUGA